AUCAAACUUUCUCUCGCUGUUAGGUCCACGUAUCAAGUGAAGCAAUGAGCGCAGGUCACAAAAAACAGGAAAAGGAAGAGAGUGUUCUGGAUGAAAGUGAUGACUACUUUAAGUAUGAAGAAGUGUCUCUCGCGGAUGACUGGAGUUUGACGGAAGGGGUGGAAGAUUUGGAGGCAACGGUAAAAACUAUCCAAGCCCGGGCGGAGGCCGGCGCUCCUUCCACCACACACCACCGACCCCAGGCCGUGGAGGACUUCCUGCGCAACUUCCUUUUCCAAAUGUGCAUGACAGAAACACUCGAUUGUUUUCAGACCGAGUGGAGCGAGAUGGUGCAGAGAGGACUGGUGGACACAGAACAUGUUGAUGUGGUACCGGACGUGCACGUUGAAAACCAGCGUCUGGACAGCGAGCUGAAAAACGCGCAGCGGGAGGGAGAGGAGUACAGGCUGGCGGCAUCUGCCGGAGCUGAGACAUUGGCGAGGGUCCAGAAAGAAAGGGACUUCCACCGGAUGCAACAUAAGCGUGUUGUCCAGGAGAAAAACAGGGUGAUCGAGGAGAUAAGAAAGCUUAAAUCACAGUGCGACCACUACGAACCCGCGUUGAAGCGAAGUCAUGAAAAAUACCAAGCCGUUUUAAAGCAGACCAUGCUGGUGGCUUUAGAAAGGGACAAGGCCUUCGUGCAGGCGAAGAGUCAGCUGCUGCAAAACGUCCCCUUCUGUGGGGAGGUAGGGGGAGAAGUAGCGGGGAACAGCCCAGGAGAGCCAAGUGUCAAAGGGACAACCCAUCCAGGGAUCCAGCCGAGACCUCCUCCAUCUGCAAAUAGUCCAAGGAGUCAGACUCGGGGAAGUGAGUGAAGGCAAAUGUGUGUUGAAGUAAAUACAUAAGACUAAAAAUCAGGUUUCUGGUACCAACACUUUCCUGAAGUAGGCAAUUUACAUUUGGAAAACUUGUGUGCCCAUCUUUAAUACCCCAUGUCCAUUGGGAUAUUGAAACACAAAAACAUUAUUACAUUCACCAACAGUUUAAAAAAUAUGAUUCUGUGUGAAUCCCACAAUAAAAAUGUUUGAUUCGUUUAUUGUGUCUUGUAAGAUUUACCUUGAGUUCAUGCCCACUUAGUCUACCCUGUCUAAGGGGGUGAUAAUUAUUUUAUUUGGGCAACACAUAGAUAUACAGGACUGUCUCAGAAAAUUAGAAUAUUGUGAUAAAGUUCUUUAUUUUCUGUAAUGCAAUUAAAAAAACAAAAAUGUCA